UAAUGUAACCAUUUAAAAACCUCAAGAUUCAUUUACCCAAAAAACCAUUGUACCAAAAUGGAUUUUUCCUAUGAAAAUGUAAUCAAAAACCUUUUAAGAAACCCAUCUUCUAUCAAAACAAAGUCACAAGCUAAGCAACUCCAUGCCCAAAUAGUAAAAACAAGAGGGUCAAGGUCUGUUUCACUUGCCACUAUAAUUCUUCGCAUUUACUCUGACCUUAACCUUUUAAAAGAAUCUUUACAAGUUUUUAACACCUUUUGUUAUGUACCCACAAAAGCUUUUAAAUCUCUUAUUAAGUGUUACUCUUGUAAUGGCUAUUUUCUUGAUUCUUUAGCUUGUUUUGUUGAAAUGAGAGGUUUUGGAAAGUUACCUGGCCAAGAUGUGUUUCCUGCUGUAGUAAGAGCUUGUACCCAUUUGAAAGAAUUAAGGUUUGGUGAAUCUGUUCAUGGUUGUGUUGUAAGGUUUGGUAUGGAAUCUGAUCUUUAUACUGGAAACGCACUCAUGAAUAUGUAUGCAAAAUUGCAGCUUUUAUCACAUGAUUGCCAUAUGUUUGAUAAAAUUCCCCAGUCAAAUCGCUUUGGUAGUCGUAGAAGCAUUUUAGUACCUGUUUUAUAUGAGGAAACAAGAAAUGAGUUGAUAAGGAGUGAAAGAAACCAUUUUGACACUUUAAAUGGGAGGAGAGUGGAUAAAGGUACAAGAUUAGACAGUGUGAGUAAGAUUUUUCAAAUGAUGCCGAAUAAAGAUGUUGUUUCGUGGAAUACUGUGAUUGGUGGGAAUGUACAAAGUGGGUUGUAUGAGGAAGCUCUGGAUAUGUUAAGGGACAUGAGCAAUGCCAAUUUGAAGCCUGACUGUUUCACUCUGUCGAGCAUCCUUCCUGUCUUUGCGAGGCACGUAGACGUUACAAAGGGAAAAGAGAUUCACGGGUAUGUGAUUAGACAUGGGUUUGACAAAGAUGAGUUUAUUGCCAGUAGUUUGAUUGAUAUGUACGCUACUUGUACUAGGGUUGAGGAUUCUUAUAGGGUGUUCGAUUUAUUACCACAAAAGGAUGAUGUUUCAUGGAACACAAUAAUAGCAGGAUGUGUGCAGAAUGGUACUUUCGACGAAGGGCUAAGAUUGUUUAGGCAGAUGUUAGCUGCUAAUGUCAAGCCUGUGGAAGUUACUUUCUCAGCUAUACUGCCGGCCUGUGCUCAUUUGACCACACUACAUCUCGGGAAACAGCUCCACACAUACAUAAUGAGAAUGGGAUUUGAUCAAAACAUGUAUAUAGCUAGCUCACUCGUGGACAUGUAUGCCAAAUGCGGGAAGAUAAUGACUGCUAGAUGGAUUUUUGAUAGGAUGGAGGUACACGAUUCAGUUUCAUGGACAGUCAUAACCAUGGGCUAUGCCUUGAAUGGACAUGCUCGCGAGGCCAUUGUUCUAUUUGAAAAUAUGGAGCGUGAGAGGAUAAAGCCCAAUGCUGUGGCCUAUCUAGCUAUUUUAACAGCUUGCAGCCACGCCGGUUUGGUUGAUGAAGGUUGGAAUUAUUUUACAAGCAUGAGCAAAUGUGGUGUUUCUCCUGACAUCGAGCACUACGCUGCUAUUGCAGACCUUCUUGGUCGUGCUGGAAGAUUAACGGAAGCUUAUAAGUUUAUCACUGACAUGCCUAUUAAGCCCACCGGGGGUAUUUGGGCUACGCUUUUAUCAGCUUGCCGAGUUCACAAAAAUGUUGACCUGGCUGAAAAAGUUGCCAAAGAAAUGACUACAACCGAUCCCGGGAACAUGGGACCUUAUCUGCUCUUGUCAAAUAUGUAUUCUGCAGCUGGGAGAUGGAAAGAUGCAUCAAAAUUAAGAACUAAUAUGAAGAAGAAAGGAAUGAGAAAACCACCAGCCUGCAGCUGGAUAGAAGUUAGGAACAAAGUGCAUGGUUUUGUCUCGGGAGACACAUCUCACCCAUAUUAUGAUCAGAUACAUGAAGCACUAAGAGAUCUUUAUGAACGUUUGAAACGAGAAGGUUACGUUCCUGAGACGAGUGAGGCACUACAUGAUGUUGAUGAGGAGCAAAAAGGUGAUUUGCUCUAUACUCAUAGUGAACGGCUUGCAAUAGCAUUCGGUAUUAUUAGUACGCCUGCUGGGACAACCAUUCGCGUAACCAAGAAUCUCCGUGUAUGCGUAGACUGUCACACAGCCAUAAAAUUCAUAUCCAAAAUUUUGGGGAGAGAGAUAAUUGUGAGAGAUAAUAGUCGAUUCCAUCAUUUCAAAGAUGGGAAUUGCUCAUGUGGAGACUAUUGGUGACAGUAACUAUGGAAGUGUAUCCAUAAUGUGGCGGUAAAGGGCUUCACUGUAAGCCAAAAAGAAAAAAAGGGAAACACAUAUGGGAAGGUUUCAAGAAAAUAACAGAGAUUAUGUAGGAGUUCAGAUAGUCUCUAGUAUUUCGCUUUUUAUUAGCAAAUCUAGAGAUCAUGUCCGUUUUGGUCUGAAAAUUACAAGGUCCUUCUGACGCUGUUCAACUAUAUGGUAUUGGGGCCAAGAAUUUCAUCAAUCCAUUCAGCUAACUAACUGGAUAAAUGGUCUGAUGUGAACUUCCGAUUUUCUCCAGUGUGUUACAAAAGCUUAGAGACCUUGAAGCACUGAGAGCUUAUAGUUGUUAUGUCUUCAUUGGUGAUGACAUUUUGGAAUAUCAUAAGGUCGUAUAGGAUUCAUCUGAGGAGGAUACUAGGAACUGGACUUAAACUUUAAUAUUUUUUGUGUAAAUUACAAUUUUUUCUGCGGCGUUUGAAUAUUUUGCACAACCUGAAAAGAGAAUUUUCUGAAAACUGUGCAAGUCUUUGAUGCCAAAAAUAAUGCAAUCUUUGUCAUUGCGGAAACUAUCUUUCUACAUUUGCUUAAACAUUGUUAGACACUUAAUGCAGGGCAAGAUUUGGAACUUCUGAAUAGUCAAAAUGUGUUUUUUCUCUCUU